AUGGAAUCCGCUAUUAGAACACUCUUGAACCAUAAACUCAAUAUCACCCUAAUUGAAUUGAAUAAAAUUGCCAAAAUCAGUGAACGUGUUUGUUACUAUACCGAACAAUUUGAACAAAAUGAUGAAUGGAAACACGCCUUGAUGAAUGCCCAUAUGGUUUUGUUCGUUGCACAUUCUCAAGGUUGUCCGACUAGUGUUAUCUUGGCUAAAGAACUUCACGAAAAGAACCUUUUAGAUCCAAAGAAACAUCAAGUCAACUUUUUAUUAUUUGCUGGUGUAAAUAUGGGUCCGGAUGAGAGAUGUCGCAAAUAUCCUCUUGAUGAGGCUGGUGAGGAAUUAUUCGAAUUUCAAGAUUAUUGGAAACCUAUUGCUCAACAAUAUAGAAAAGCUACGGAAUUUUGGCUAGAAAAUGGUUCAAAAAUUGCUUAUUCGGCAGGCAUAAAUGAUGGUGUAGUUCCAUUAUAUUCAGCUCUGUUUACAGAUGUUGAACAUCAAUCUAUCUAUCGAGAAAUAUACAUUAAAGAUACGGACAACUCAUGCGAGUACCUCAAAUCCUUGGUUAAAUUUUUUGUUCUCUGCAGGAAUAAUCAAUUGCACGAUCAUUAUAUCUUAGGAUUUAUAAGCGAUUGUUUUAACGGUGGUUUCAAAAUAGAACAUAGUGAUAUUUAUUCAGAUGAUGAUGCUUACAUCAAUGCCCUUCGCCAUUUUUUUGGUGCAAAUACAUCUAAUUCUGUGUGGAAUUUUUCUUUUGAGCUCUUUUUCCCAAAAACGUAUCCCAAAACUAAAUGGCAUCAAUGGCAUCGUUUCCAAAAGAAUGCGCGCGAUAAAUGGAUUCA